GAGAUUGAAGUGGAUUCGUCUAGUAUGGUAGCAGAUUUUCUGACAUGCAAUCUCACCACAGUCUUCCUCCCUGCGAUCUACAUCAUCAUCUUCAUUGUGGGGUUACCCACCAACGCCAUGGCCAUCUGGGUGUUCCUCUUCAGAAUGAAGAAGAAAAAGAAUCCAGCGUCCAUCUUACUGGCUAACCUCGCGCUGGCUGACCUGCUCUUCAUCAUCAUGCUCCCGCUGAAGAUCCACUAUCACUUCAACAACAACAACUGGAUAUUCGGGGAGCUGCUGUGUAAGGUUCUAGUGGGCUUUUUCUAUGGGAACAUGUACUGCUCAACUAUCUUCAUAGCCUUCAUCAGUGUUCAGCGCUACUGGGCAGUCACACGUCCACACUCUCACAAACUGACCAAUCAGGUAGCAGUGUGUGUAUGUGUGUGUGUGUGGAUUGUGGUCUGGCUACUUACCAUCCCACUCUACCUGUAUGAUCAGACUAUUCAAAUAAUCAAGCUCAACAUCACCACCUGCCAUGACAUCAUUUGGAUCCACGAAAUACAUCUCCUUGCUAGUUAUCUCUUAACCAUGGGCAUUGUGGGAUAUGUAGUUCCCUGUGUGGUGUGUGUUGUAACAUAUCUGCUGACUUGUCGUGCUCUCAGGAGGUCUGUAGCACAUUCUUGCAGCAGUAAGAAGAAGAAGAAGGCGAUUACCCUCAUGGUCAUUGUGCUGGUGAUGUUCCUGGUGUGUUUCACUCCCAGUAACGUCACGCAGAUCGUUCAAUAUUCUUCGGUGUUGGCAGGGUUUUACUAUAAUAGCUACUACGUCUAUGUGGUUGCACAGUGUCUGAGCAGCCUGAACAGCUGUCUGGACCCGUUCAUGUAUUAUUUUAUCUCAUCAGACUUCAGAAAUAAUAUGAAGAACAUGCUGAAGUGUUGUAGUGAACGCUCUGCCCAGCAGGUGAGGGUUUCCCUUACUCCUGGGAAAGCUUCUUCUUCUUUAGAAACCACAACACCUUCAACGAGCACAACAACGUCUAAGCAAGAUCAUCAAGUUGACGCUCUUCUAAGUAGACCAUGAGUAGAAGACUAAAUUAGCAAACCAAAUUUGUAAUCAGUUACUCAGUUUUAUUUUUUAAACGCAAUUAAUUGCACCAAAAAUUUUGACCCCAACCUCCGCCGUAAUCUGCCACACCAAACAAGCAGAUUUUCCGAUCCAUCUGAUCAAAAAGCUCCAACACAGACAACACAGUGACAGAGGAGACAUCCC